CAAAAAUUGCGCAGCAGCUCACGCGCGGCGCCAUUCGUGCCUGCUUCACACAUUCGUGCUCAAAUUGACCGGUGGUGCUGCUAGGUACACGAAAAAGUGGCGAAAAAACGCGCGUACAGCCGGUUUGGCAGCACUGCCAGCUGCAUGCCUUGCAGGCAGCACGCCAUCGACGCGAUCAGCAAAAACGGAGGAACUGAAGCGUCACACCGAUGGCCGAGAUAGUGCAGCAUCGCCGCGCGCCGUGGCAGCCCUCACCGACCGAUCCCACGGAGCCCACCAUUAGCGCGAGAGCGCUGGCCAAAGCGAGAGGCACCGUCGAGGACUUUGCGCGGUCGUACAUGCCGCUGCUCGGAUUGCCGGUCGACGACGUGCUGUGCUUCGCCGACAGUCUCUACUUCGUCGCCGGCUCGCUGUAUGAACUGGACGAGCUGAACGAGCGGGGCGGCGACCCGUCGCAAGCACCCGCGGCGGCGGCGUUGCGGCAAUUCCUGGCGGGCCGCGGUCUGCUGGACGACGUGCAGGCGACGCUCGACGUAGGGUUUGAGUACUGGACGCUCGAGCGGCGACUCAUUGCCGAGUGGAAAAGGCCACAGGGCGACGCAGCGCACGAGGACGAAUUGCUGCGGUCUGCGUGUCGCGCUUCGGCGUGCAAGUCGUUCGACUACUCCGUCCUCGCACUGCUGGUGGCUGGAUUGACGGGCCGUACCGUCAGCAAAGAGAUGAUGCUCUUCCUCGGCUCGUGCUUCCAGCUCGUCGAGAUAGAGGACGACCUCAAGGAUUACGAAAAGGACCACGAAAAGGGCGCGUUCAACAUCUACGCGGCGUUCGUGCGGCGCUACGGCGCCGCCGCGCCGGAUCGCCUGCGGGUCUGGAUCGCGGAGCGAGAGAAAUACUACCUCGAGAAGCGCGCGGUCCUCACGGACGAGCAGCUCAAUUUUCACGUCGCGCGCAACGAGGCGCAGGGCGGCGCAGGGCCGGCGAUGGCCCCGGAGGCCUGCAGUGGGGGGUGGGCGUUGCCGACGCCGAUUCUGAGCGAGCGGCUUUACGCGACGAUAUGAUCGCGAUGUAACUUGUUGUAU